AAUUUUCUGUAAAAUACCAUUUAUCUAUAAAUUUUCAUGUAUGUUUACAUGCCUAUUUUUUUCAGCUAUGCAAGAAGCAGUGAAUAUCGUUACUAAAACGGAUACUUUUAGGAGAAUUGGUGCCAAAAUGUUCGAAAUCAAAUUUCCAGGAUGUGAACAGUACGAAGCAAACAGUACAUACUAUUCAACAGAUUACUUAAGAUGUUUAGCGUUACACUACACUUUUGCGUAUGACCAUCCAGUGGGUACGUGCAAAAUGGGUAAUCCAACAGACAUAACGACGGUUGUGGAUCCACAGUUAAAGGUGAAAGGAAUAAAAAAUCUUCGAGUUGCUGAUGGAUCAAUUAUGCCACUAAUAGUUAGUGGCAACACAAAUGCUCCCAUCAUAAUGAUCGGGGAAAAGGCAUCAGAUCUGAUUAAGCAGGACAAUCCAGAUAGGCUGAGAUGUUGAAAAUAAACCAUGGAAUUCGAGAAAUUUUCUCUCUACGUCAGAAAUGAAUAAUGCAUGCCUAGUAUCAAUUCCAUACAAAAUAUUUUAUUAAGGGAAUAAAGUCAUAAGGAACUGCGAUAUUUAAAAUGUUAAUAUAUAGAAUGUUAUGUUUGUGAAUCAAAGGUUUCUGGAUUGUUCCAAUCGCAUUGAUCUAUUGUGACCAAUGGUUCGCAUGUUAAAUACAUGUAAGAACGAAGAAUAAAACUUAAAUUGCUUCUGUGUUUA